AAGCAGCCGCGGCGGCGGCGGCGCGUCGUUGCAGUUGCGCCAUCUGUCAGGAGCGGAGCCGGCGGGGAGGGGGCUGCCGCGGGAGAGGAGGAGGGGUCGCCGCGAGCCCGAGGCCGCCGAGACCCGCCCGCCGGUCGGCCGCGAGAGCAGAGGCAAGGCUGCGCUCCGAGCCCGGCGUCCUCCGCUGUCCGGGCGCGCGGCGCUUCUCCCCGUGCACCGAGCACUCUCCGGGCGCACACAAAGCCGCGGCUCACGCCAGGGAGGGAUCCGGCGGCCAGGCCGGGGACACCCCGGCGCCGCCCCCUCGGAGAUCUCGGAGGGCCCACCGGCUCCCGGGUCCGCAGCGGAGCUACUGGACCCGCCUCGGCCGCGCCGAAGGAGGGCGGGGAGUGGACCAUGUGAAUGGGCUUCGGAGCCUGAGCGCCGCACAGUGUUUUAAAGAAGCAGGAUGCUGCUCUAGACGUGGAAAAAAAUCAGUCCUGCCGCUGUUUUAGAAGACAUGUGGUGUAUAUAAAGUUUGUGAUAGUUGGCGGAAAUUUUGGAAUUUAGAUAAUGGGCUGUGUGCAAUGUAAGGAUAAAGAAGCAACAAAACUGACAGAGGAGAGGGAUGGCAGCCUGAACCAGAGCUCCGGGUACCGCUAUGGCACAGACCCCACUCCUCAGCACUACCCCAGCUUCGGCGUGACCUCCAUCCCCAACUACAACAACUUCCACGCAGCCGGGGGCCAAGGACUCACUGUCUUUGGGGGUGUGAACUCUUCGUCUCACACUGGGACCUUGCGUACGAGAGGAGGAACAGGAGUGACACUAUUUGUGGCUCUUUAUGACUAUGAAGCACGGACAGAAGAUGACCUGAGUUUUCACAAAGGAGAAAAAUUUCAAAUAUUGAACAGCUCGGAAGGAGAUUGGUGGGAAGCCCGUUCCUUGACAACUGGAGAGACGGGGUACAUUCCCAGCAACUAUGUGGCUCCAGUUGACUCUAUCCAGGCAGAAGAGUGGUACUUUGGAAAACUUGGCCGAAAAGAUGCUGAGCGACAGCUUUUGUCCUUUGGAAACCCAAGAGGUACCUUUCUUAUCCGCGAGAGCGAAACCACCAAAGGUGCCUAUUCACUUUCUAUCCGUGAUUGGGAUGAUAUGAAAGGAGACCAUGUCAAACAUUAUAAAAUUCGCAAACUUGACAAUGGCGGGUAUUACAUCACCACCCGGGCCCAGUUUGAAACACUUCAGCAGCUUGUACAACAUUACUCAGAGAAAGCUGAUGGUUUGUGUUUUAACUUAACUGUGAUUUCAUCGAGUUGUGCCCCACAAACUUCUGGAUUGGCUAAAGAUGCUUGGGAAGUUGCACGUGACACCUUGUUUCUGGAUACGAAGCUGGGUCAGGGGUGUUUCGCAGAAGUAUGGCUUGGUACCUGGAAUGGAAACACAAAAGUAGCCAUAAAGACUCUUAAACCAGGCACAAUGUCCCCCGAAUCAUUCCUUGAGGAAGCGCAGAUCAUGAAGAAGUUGAAGCAUGACAAGUUGGUCCAGCUGUACGCUGUGGUGUCUGAAGAACCCAUCUACAUCGUCACCGAGUAUAUGAAUAAAGGAAGUUUACUUGAUUUCUUAAAAGACGGUGAAGGAAGAGCUCUGAAAUUACCAAAUCUUGUGGACAUGGCAGCACAGGUUGCUGCAGGAAUGGCUUACAUUGAGCGCAUGAAUUAUAUCCACAGAGAUCUGCGGUCAGCAAACAUUCUAGUAGGGAAUGGACUAAUUUGCAAGAUUGCUGACUUUGGAUUGGCCCGGUUGAUUGAAGACAACGAGUACACAGCGAGACAAGGUGCAAAGUUCCCCAUUAAGUGGACGGCCCCCGAAGCAGCCUUGUACGGGAGGUUCACGAUCAAGUCUGAUGUAUGGUCUUUUGGAAUCUUACUCACAGAGCUGGUCACCAAAGGAAGAGUGCCAUACCCAGGCAUGAACAACCGGGAGGUGCUGGAGCAGGUGGAGCGCGGCUACAGGAUGCCCUGUCCGCAGGACUGCCCCAUCUCUCUGCAUGAGCUCAUGAUCCACUGCUGGAAAAAGGACCCCGAAGAACGUCCCACUUUUGAAUACUUGCAGGGCUUCCUGGAAGACUACUUUACGGCCACAGAGCCCCAGUAUCAACCUGGUGAAAACCUGUGAGAGCCAGCUCUACAGAGAGAGGCCUUGUCCCAGAGGCUUCCCCACCCCUCCCCAUUAGCUUUYAAUUCCGUAGCCAGCUGCCCAAGCAGUGAGAACCGUCCAGGAUCAGAUUGCAUGUGACUUUGAAGCUGAUGAACUUCCAUGGCCCUCAUUAAUGACACUUGUCCCCAAAUCCGAACCUCCUCUGUGAAGCAAACGAGACAGAACCUUGUUAUUUCUCAGACUUUGGAAAAUGCAUUGUAUCGAUGUUAUGUAAAAGCCCAAACCUCUGUUCAGUGUAAAUAGUUACUCCAGUGCCAACAAUCCUAGUGCUUUCCUUUUUUUAAAAUGCAAAUCCUAUGUGAUUUUAACUCUGUCUUCACCUGAUUCAACUAAAAAAAAAAAAAAAAGUAUUAUUUUCCAAAAGUGGCCUCUUUGUCUAAAACAAUAAAAUUUUUUUUCAUGUUUUAACAAAAACCAAUCAGGACAGGUGUUUGKUUUUUUUUCUUUUUUAUAAAUAUGAAUAUAUAAUAUAUGUCCCUGUACAUAUACCAUGUGGGUGCUAACGUGGAGACCGUGGCCAGCCUGGGCCACAAAGCUGUGGGACCCAGAGUGAGGAUUUUACUACAAAAUCUGCAUCAAAUCACUGGUGUUAUUCUGAAAACCAGUGGCCUCAUUUUUGGCUUUUGCAAAGCAUGAUUCUUUUUUCUUUCUUUCUUCAUUUGGAUUGCAUUUUUUUGGUUCAUGACUGUACCUGUAGAUGGUUGUUACUUUGACUCUUUUCAGGACCACCCCCAAGCUGAGUUCGAAAGUUCUUAUUACCAGUAUUUGCUCCAACUUACAGCGAUUUGUUCUUGAAACUUAGAAGUGAGCAUAUUUAAGCAAGCCAACAGCCAAUUCUACCAAGAGAACUGGAAGAUGGAUACCAUACAACCUUCUUGUAUAAAAAUAUGAAUGCCGAAAUGUUUCAAAUGUUUUUAAUUUAAUAAAUCUUGUAACCACAUUUAAAUGAUCUAAAACCCAUAGCAUUGUAGUCACGGCAACCUACUAAACUUUCUCAUGCAACUAAAAUUUAUGGGGAAGGUGAGGGUGGGGGGUUGUACAUGUCCCGUUGUAAAAUAAGUGUUUUAAAUGUCCUGUACUGCUAAUGAAUGACUAUAUGUCCGAGAGUUCUCCAGUGAAAUAACUAUGCACUACUUUACAUUUCAUGGGGAUGCACAAAAAAAAGAAAAAAGUAUGACUUUUUAGUUGCUGUUUGUACCAACCUUGAAUGACAUAUGUUUAACAACAAAUCAAAAAUCCUAUUUCUAUUGAGUUUUUAAUACUGAGUAGCAACUCUGAAGUCUUAAUUCCUUUUUUGUUAUGAUUUAUUUGUGAGUUUACAUUUUUAAAUUGUUUAACUUUCUUAAUUUAGUAAUUAAAAAGAGAGCAUUUUACAUUUGAA